AUGCUCAAACGUUUUACCCUUCAUGGAUAUCAAAACCAUAGUGGGAGCACAACAUCGUCCAAGUUGCCUCCUAUAUUUGCUGACUCCUACUGGCAAUGGUACCUCGAAAGCUAUUUGCAAAAUGACAAAGCAACGACAAUAAAACAUACUGCAUACUCAUUAACCAAAUUCACAGACAAGUCACCACAAGUCAUAACAAUCAAGAGCUAUUUUGAAAGUCAAAAAUUACCCGUACCGAGUAGUACCCAGAUCAUUGCUAUAUUGAAAUCGCCAUUGACCGGCGAGGACUUGAACAAAACUUAUUAUAUACUACGAAUGUUCCAGUUGUCUUCAGAAGGUUUAUUUCUAACAAAUUCACGAAUAGACAAGCUCGGCAACAAUUUGAAAUUUGUUGGUGCUGAAAAUUGGGAUAAUGUAAUGUGCUAUAUGGAUGCCUUAUUCUUCGCCAUGUUUGCCAACUUGGAAAGUUUCGAGCCGAUUUUAUUUAUUCCAAACCACAAUGACAAGUUGAUCAAUCAAUUAUCGGCACUAAUGAGAGUUUAUGUCUCUUUGUUGCGCCUGGGCUAUUUGAUCACUACCGAUCUCACAGCUCGAAUAUGCGAAGGCUUAAUGAAACUAGGAUUUGCCGAAGCAUUGAGUCACAAACAGCAGGACGCCGCAGUCUUGUUUGAGUUUUUAACAGAAUCUUUGAAUAUGCCAUUAUUGACAUUCAAGGUUGAUAUCAAACACGGUGGCAAAUUCAACAAAAAAGACGAUGAAAAAUUUUCAAAAGAAAGGAUGCUUUUUGUGAGUAUACCAGGCGAUGACGAUAACAACACAAUACUUGCGCAAGAGAAAAAUUAUGCCGUUGCACAUGUUGAAAAUAAGAAUGGUAACUCUGGUUCAAGUAUCACGCUGGAUGAAAACGACAAUGAAAACAACAAUGAAAUUGACAAUGGAAAUGAACCUGAAGAGAUCUUGCUCGAAGAGUGUCUUGAACACUAUUUCAACAACUCCAUUAGCGUUAAAAGAGAAUUGGAACGUCGAGCAUCACUAAAUCAAGUACCAACAAUUUCAAACUUUGCAAAUAUUCCCGAAGACUCGCAAGUUGAAGUACUUGAAGAGAGACCAAACAAGCCUAGCUUUGAGCAAGUUGAGCAAGUUGAGGAUGUUGAUGAAAUAGUCAAACUGAAUGACCUGUCGGACACAAUAAGCAAAACUGAACCGACACGAGUUUCUGUAAGGACAAGAUCUUCAACAUUAUCUAUAUGGUCACUCAACGACAAUAGCAGUAAUAGUAAUGAUAUUAAUGGUAAAAACGAUAAGAAAAUAGACUCGCCAAAAAUCCGCGAGGUCAAUUUACCAGCCUGGAUGUUUUUGCGAUUGUUGCCCUUUUACACCGAUGAUAAUAUAAUGUCCUCGGAAUUUGAAAGCAUUGCAAAAUCAUCCAAGGAUUUUGCUCACAGAAGGCCGGUGCUUCCCAUUUGCCUUAAAAGAUACCAGUUUCAUUCGGGUGACGCCUCCGGUGCAAGAUCUCGCAAACGCAUAAUCAUCCCACCCUUUAUAGAUCUCCCCGACUUUGUUGCCGAUGAUGUUGACGGACCAUCGUGUUCUUUCAGAUUGAUAUUGGAGAGUGCAGUAUGCCAUCGUGGUAAUUCGAUCCUGCUGGGUCAUUUUGUUUCUGUUGUACGCAAGAAUAUCAAAAGAGUUGACCAAACUGAGGAAGAGGCAGAGUCAGCAACGUGGUACCUUUACGAUGAUAUGAAAAAGACAUCGAGAGUUGUGGAAAAGACAUUUAAAGAUAUCUUUAGCACAGAAUGGCCAUAUAUCUUGUUUUACAGAUUAGUGUCAACAAAUGACGAUAGUGGUGUUUCUUCAAUGAAGAGUGGAAUUACACCGCUCAAUGGGUUUAAGGCACAAUACUGGGGAGGCCAAGGACAAGGACAAGGACAAGGACAAGGACAAGGACAAGGACAAGGCCAAGGACAAGGACAAGGCCAAGGACAAGGACAAGGCCAAGGACCAACCCAGAGCCAGACUCAGAGUCAAAACUUUGCUAAUUCUAAACCUGAAAAGUUGACACUUUCGCCCAUUCUUUCGGCAGAAACAGAAACUACCAUCGAAAUACCGAAACGAAAAUCAUCAAAGAAACAGAAGCAGGCCAAUGAAGACCCAGUAUCUAGCCUAUCUCCCAAUGACCCCAAAUUUGUCGACUUGCGAAAACAGUUUUAUUGGUUCUUUACCGAUGAUUCAAAAAAUUACUAUAAAGAAGAGCCUAUGAGUUUUAAAGACGGGCAAUCACAAAUCAGUUUAAGCCCUCAGUUUCGCCGAAACAGCCAGUUGAGUAAUCUUUCCAAUAUGAGCAAUUAUCAACUAGAUCAAACUUUACUGAGUGGACCUAGCAAUACAAGCGUUUAUGAGACUGCGGGCCAUCACGUAAACCCUUCGAAUGUUCCUUCCUUAUCAACGACAACUUCAACGCAAGCGCCAACAACCUAUAUGGAGCCACCGCCCUCUUUUCCAGAUAGGCAUUCAAGUAGUUCGCGCGAAGGUUCCUCGAGCCCUUCAAUCUGGAAAAAAGCAAUGAAAAGAAGCCCCAAUGUUCGAUUAGACUCUAGCGAGUCCGUUGGGGAAUUACACAAAUUGGUAUCUCCAAUGAAUCUAAAUGAAACCAAUGAUACAAAUAAAGAAGAUUCAAGGAAAUCCACUUUGCCUCAUACGUUGCGGACUUUACAAGAUGAGCAAAAGAAACAUCAUCAUUUAUUUCAUAGAUCAAAAAAUAGACGAGAAGCAUACAAAAAGGAAAAAUGUGUUCUUAUGUAA